UUGCUGUUUGUGAAACAAGCGAGACUAAAUUUCCGUAUGAUGAAAGACAGAGAUAUGCUUAUGAAUAGCAGUGUUGAGUUUGGUGAGCGUAUUUACGAGCUUUUCUCAGAAGGGAACUGGAGUGAAAUACAGAGCUUUUACGAGGAACAGAGUUUUCAGGUUUGCAUACCUCUUAAUCAUUUGGGAGAUACGGCUCUUCAUCUUGCAGCAUACAGUCAAGACAUGAAAUUGGUGGAAUCCCUGCUGAACAUAGUGUAUGUUGAAGACAAACAAUUUUCAUCGACUCCAGUAGAUGAACAAGAUGGCUUGAAACUCUCCUUAAAGAAUAAAUUUGGAAACACACCACUCCAUGAGGCAGCUUCGACAGGAAAUGUAAAAUUGGUAGAGCUGAUGUUGGGUUUUGAAGAGAAGAGGCGACUGAUGACGAAUACUAGAAACAAGGACGAUCAGACACCUUUCUUUAUGGCUGCAAUUUAUGGCAAGACCGAGUUGAUCAAAACUUGGGUGGAAAAGCUUAACAACAUAGAAAGACAUGUCAAGACUGAACACUCCACCAUGCUUCAUGAGGCUAUUCGCGGGUAUUACUUUGACACAGCUCUGGAAUUAUUAGACAAAAAAUACUGCAUACCGAAGGAUCAGAAAGAUUUAUAUGGCAUGACCUGCUUUCAGCUGCUAGCUGACAUUCCCAACGCUUUCAAGAGUGGAUACUCCUUUGGCUUCUUGGAGAAACUGAUUUAUGACGGCCUUCCAGUUCCAAAAGAUAUGGAUGCAAGUGUAAACAACGAUGUAUCUCGGGGCAAUCCAGACACACAUCAUGGAUUCCUAAGAGUCCAAUGUCUAAGAAACAUGAAGAAGAAUCAUGGCAGAGUGAUGAAGCUUACCAAAACUCUGGCUGAAGAAGACAAGUCAUGGCAGGGUCAUAAUACUACUGAUGGUCAGAGUGAUACUGCAGCUGCAAAGAAUGACACUCCACUUAUUGCAGCUGCAAAGAAUGGGAUCGUAGAGAUUGUUGAGGCCAUCUUAGAUGUGUUCCCACAGGCCAUCGAGCAUGAAAACCACAAAGGAGAAAAUGUGUUUCAUGUUGCUGUGAAGAAUCGCAGGAAAAAUGUUUUGGUUCUUCUCGAAGAUAAGAAAUUUAAUUAUCCGAUCGCGAGGCACGUUCGGAAGUUCGAUAAAGCUGAUAAUGGUAUUAUACAUAAAGCUGCAUACAAGACUGAUAUUUCCUCAAGGGAGAGGCCCGGGGAAGCCCUUUGCUUGCAGUCAGAUAUUCAGUGGUUUGAGAGAGUGAGGAAAAUGGUGCCUGCACAUCAUAUCAACCAGAAAAAUAAAAAAGGAGAUACGCCUCAAGCUUUGUUCACAAAACAGCAUGAAGAACUGGUGAAGGAAGGCCGAGAGUGGUUGAUCAGAACAACAAACUCAUGCAUUGUAGUUGCAGUUCUUAUUGCAACUGUUGCUUUUACAAGUAUCUACACCGUGCCUGGCGGUUCUGAUAAGAAUGGCAAGCCGUUGCUCCUCAACACAACUGCAUUCACGAUCUUCACAGCAUCAGAUGUGGCAGCUCUUUGUUUUGCUUUCACCUCAGUCGUGGUGUUUCUAUCCAUUACUACGUCCAAAAUGAAUGAGCAAGAUUUCAGGAUAUCUCUGCCUCUGAAGCUUGUUUUGGGGCUAAGCAUGCUGUUUUUUUCUGUGACAGCAUUGAUGAUUGGUUUUGCCGCUACUCUUGUCAUUACAAUAAGGCACAGGGUACAUCAGGCUGCUGCUCCCAUCAUUGCCAUUGCUUGUUUUCCUGUCGCCUUUUUCCUCCUUCUCCAGCUUCCUCUCUAUACCAAUAUUACUUGGUUUACCUUAAAGGACUUGGUGCGCAGCCUCAUUCAUCUUCUUCCUCUGAAAAAAUGUCAGCCUCGACCAUGA